GUCAGCAUAAAGCUUUGUUUAAACAAAAUUUCGAAAAUGGACGAAACUAUGGGCUACAAACAUAGCUCUCCGGAGCCAGAAUCUUCUCAGCACGAUAGUCCUCAGAAGCGCACGGCAUCUGAAGCCGCCUUGGACAACAAUGACGGAAGAGCGACGAGGAAGAGAGCUGCCAAAGCCUGCCAGUCUUGCAGAUCGCGCAAGGUUCGAUGCAGUGUCUCCGAUCAUGGAGUGCCAUGUUACAAUUGCAAACUGGAUGAGCUAGAAUGUAUCAUCCCGGAGCGCAAGAGACCAACACGGACGGCGAAGAGGGAUAAAUCCUUGGGCGCAGUGAUUUCUGAAGCCGUUCUACGCAUAGACAGCUCCACGCCAGACGCUGGAAGCGUCCCGUCAGACAUUGUGCGCAGACCGUCGUCUGCUACCAUUCCAGACGACUGGGAAGGGAAUUUUGGAUACAGCAUUGGUACACCUCCGAACUCAACAGGAUCUCCUGCCCACUUUGCCUCAGAACAUACCGAGCUCGAGAAAGCUGAGUUUGUUGAACUACCACCUUGCGACGAAGAGCUAGCACGCUGGUUUAGUGUGAUGCCGGCUCGUGUGGUGGACAAGAUGUUUGAGUACUUGACUCUUCUCAGUCAAUACGGCCAGGGGGAUUCAUUAUCACCCAGGCCACAGCAUCCAAAAUUCAAACCCAAUGAAAAGGUCCGACUCAUCCCGCCGGGUAAUAGCACUAAGCGCAAAACUCUCAGCCCCGAAGUUCAAGAUCACCUCCGAUAUCACAUAGCAUCUCAACAAAAUCUAUAUCCCUCCUCACGCCCUCUGGAGCCGCCCUCACCACAGUCUCCCACUGAAGACGCGUGCCAGCUAGCCCUACACGACCCACAAAGGAACAUAUCCCUCCUUAAGCAGCUCCGCGACAGCCACGCGGCCGCCAGUCGCACGAUGAGCACCCUGGAAGCAACCAUCCGCAAGGUCGACGCCCAACUCACCAACCGGCGAGAACCCCGCUUUGGCUCGUCUCCUCCAAACUGCCGCGUUGCUCCCCCGACAUGUGCAUUCCCACAUUCCUUGGCAAGCACCAAAAAGACCCCACCGACACUAACGCCUCCGCCCGAGAAUCAGAGCGCGUACGCGAUGAGUAUACAGACGUUGCAGCAGCUGGAGAAGUUAUUCGCGCCAGCAGCACAGAGGGAUCCUGCGCCCAGUCACACGGACUACCGCAAUCCGCAGAGCCAGCAGAACGGACUUCCUGCGAAGCCGGAGGGCGCACUGGACGGUUUGAAUGAUGGUCUCGGUGGGCGGGGUGAAGACUUCGAGGAGACGUUUGAUUCGUUGAUUGACUUUGGUGGCGAAGACUCUCUGUUCCAGCUCGUUUGA